UCAGUGCUGAGACAUCUUUUACAAUGCAAGUUAGGCAUGAAAUUCAUCAACUAACACCCCCUUCCUCACCCUGAUCUCCAACAGACUUCCCGUAGCGCUCGGAAGAAAGAGUCAGGGGAGAAGGGCUGAAAGGCACCAUGAAGCUGAAGCAGCGAGUCGUGCUCUUGGCCAUCCUCCUCGUCAUCUUCAUCUUCACCAAGGUUUUCCUCAUCGACAACCUGGACACGUCGGCCGCCCACCGCGAGGACCAGCGCGCGUUCCAGCGGAUGCUGUCGGGGCUGCGCGUGGCGCUGGAGCCGCGCCUGGAGCACACGCUGCAGUCGCCCUGGGAGAUCGCUGCGCAGUGGGUGGUGCCCCGCGAGGUGUACCCCGAGGACACCCCCGAGCUGGGCGCCGUCAUGCACGCCAUGAGCACCAAGAAGAUCAUCAAAGCUGAUGUGGGCUACAAAGGGACGCAGCUGAAAGCUUUGCUGAUACUUGAAGGAGGACAGAAGGUUGUCUUCAAGCCCAAGAGAUAUGCCAGGGAUUAUAUAGUGGAAGGAGAGCCCUACGCUGGCUACGACCGACACAACGCAGAAGUGGCAGCCUUUCACUUGGAUAGAAUCCUGGGUUUCCGCCGGGCCCCGCUGGUGGUCGGCAGGUUCGUGAAUCUGCGCACCGAGAUCAAACCCGUGGCCACAGAGCAGCUCCUGGGCACCUUCAUGACUGUGGGCAAUAACACCUGCUUCUAUGGGAAGUGCUACUACUGUCGGGAGACAGAGCCAGCCUGUGCAGAUGGGGACAUCAUGGAGGGCUCAGUGACCCUGUGGCUGCCGGACGUUUGGCCCCUCCAGAAGCACCGGCACCCCUGGGGCAGGACCUACCGUGAGGGAAAACUUGCCAGGUGGGAGUAUGACGAGAGCUACUGCGAUGCCGUGAAGAAAACAUCCCCGUACGACUCGGGCCCGCGCCUGCUGGACAUCAUCGACACGGCCAUCUUUGACUACCUGAUCGGCAACGCCGACCGGCACCACUACGAGAGCUUCCAGGACGAUGAGGGCGCCAGCAUGCUCAUCCUGCUGGACAAUGCAAAAAGCUUUGGAAACCCUGCCCUGGAUGAAAGAAGCAUCCUGGCUCCUCUCUAUCAGUGCUGCAUUAUCCGGGUUUCUACCUGGAACAGGCUGAAUUACCUGAAGAACGGAGUCCUGAAGUCUGCCUUAAAAACUGCCAUGUCUCAUGACCCCAUCUCACCUGUGCUCUCCACCCCUCACCUGGACGCCCUGGACCAGCGGCUCCUCAGCAUCCUGGCUACAGUGAAGCAGUGCACAGACCAGUUUGGGCCAGAUGUUGUGCUGGUGGAAGACAGGAUGACUCUGUCUCACUUGUAAUCCCAGCAGAACACGAGAUGAAACUCCUUUUUUAAAAAACAAACAAACAAACAAGCGAUAGAAAAACAGCACAAUCAGUUCAGAAGGGCUGUGGCCACGAUGGACUGACAUGAACAGGACAGCUCCCGAGCCAGAGGAAGGGAGGUGACACUGGCUGUUUCCUUGGGCUGGCAGCAGUGAGAGGUGGCAAGGAGCCUGGGAUGGCUCAGCCCCGUGGUGGCCACUGUGCCGUGGCCAUUGCCGGCAGUGGGCACCGCUCUGGGUGCUGUGCAGAGUCUGGAUACUGAGCUCCUCUGUGGACUGGAUUGCAGGGGACCCUCAGAGAUGAACAGAACAGUCCCCUCCCCUUCUCUUCCCCCUUUACUCUGGCGAGUUUGUUCAUUCAGGGUUGUACACAAUCAGCUCUGAGCUGGUUGGGCAUUUUACUGCUUCUCUAGAGAACGAGCAGGGGUGAAUAAAAUAACUGUU